AUGGUGAAGAUACUUUGCGACGGUAUGAUAUGCCUCUACAGUAUCCACAAUCCGAGUUACGUGGUGAAUCCCGCAACUGGAUGGUAUCAGAGUUUUCCUCUUUGCAGCUAUCAACAGCUCCACAUCUCUUUGUUCGAUAGAAAAAAGGUCAACUUCCCAAGUGCUAAGCUUGGACUCGGUAGAGACAAAGUAACCGGCACGUACAAGCCGGUUUGGUUAUAUAACUCAUCCGUAUUUGGCCUAGAUAAUGCUACUACGUGUGAGCUUUUCGAUUUUACCACCAAUGCAUGGAGUUACGUUGUCCCUUCUUCUUCUUAUGAGAUCAACGCUUACCAUAAACCCGUGUAUUUAGAUGGGUCACUUAUUGGUUCACCAACUGUGAAGAACCCAAGGUACUAUGUUUCGACCUUCACACCGAAACUUUCCAAAUAA